AUGUUAUCGCGUGCCUCUUCCCGAACGGCGCAGCUCCUGCGCAGCGCUGCCGAUAAGCAUCACUUUGCUCGAUCGUUCGCGACCGUUCAGUCCGACAUCUUCAAACCCGCCAAGUUUGGCGGUAAAUACACCGUCACUCUCAUCCCUGGCGACGGUAUCGGGGCCGAAGUCGCAGAGUCUGUCAAGACCAUCUUCAAGGCAGACAAUGUCCCCAUCGAGUGGGAGCAAAUCGAGGUCUCUGGAAUCAUUGACGGCGCCGGCCGCACCGAAGACGCUUUCCGCGAGUCGGUCGCCUCCCUCAAGCGCAACAAGCUCGGCCUCAAGGGUAUCCUGCACACGCCCAUCAGCCGCUCCGGGCACCAGAGCUUCAACGUGGCGAUGCGACAGGAGCUCGACAUCUACGCCAGCAUCAGCCUGAUCAAGAACAUUCCUGGCUACGAGACGCGCCACAAGGACGUCGACCUGUGCAUCAUCCGCGAGAACACGGAGGGUGAGUACUCUGGCCUGGAGCACCAGAGCGUCCCCGGCGUCGUCGAGUCGCUCAAGAUCAUCACGCGCGCCAAGUCUGAGCGCAUCGCCAAGUUUGCCUUUUCCUUUGCCCUGGCCAACGGCCGAUCCAAGGUCACCUGCAUCCACAAGGCCAACAUCAUGAAGCUGGCCGACGGCCUGUUCCGCAGCACUUUCCACCACGUCGCCAAGGAGUACCCCACGCUCGAGGUCAACGACAUGAUUGUCGACAAUGCCUCCAUGCAGGCCGUCUCUCGACCUCAGCAGUUUGACGUCAUGGUCAUGCCUAACCUCUACGGCGGCAUCCUGUCCAACAUUGGUGCCGCCCUGGUCGGCGGUCCUGGCAUCGUCCCUGGCUGCAACAUGGGUCGUGACGUGGCAGUUUUCGAGCCCGGCUGCCGUCACGUCGGCCUCGAUAUCAAGGGCAAGGACCAGGCCAACCCCACCGCCCUGAUUCUGUCGGGGAGCAUGCUUCUGCGCCACCUCGGUCUUGACGACCACGCCAACCGCAUCUCCAAGGCCAUCUAUGCCGUUAUUGCCGAGGGCAAGGUUCGUACCCGCGACAUGGGCGGCCAGUCAACAACGCACGAGUUCACCAAGGCUAUCCUCGACAAGAUGGAGACUCUCUAA